AUGGGGAAGAAGAAAAGGAACAAGAGCAGUUGCGCAGUAAAACCGACACCGCCCGUGGGUGUCGCAACGGCACACGCACUCCCUGCACAGGCCUCACCAGCACUGGAAGCCGUCCUCGCCACCCAAGAGCUCUUCGAAGACAUCCUGCUCAGACUACCAAUCGAAAUCAUACUCACGGCUGCUCAGCGUGUCAGCAAAACAUGGCAGCGCCAGAUCGAGAGCUCGCGCCCGCUCCAGCGCCACCUCUUCCUCCUACCGGAUACCAGCAAGACGCUCGAGGAGACGCGAGGCGACUGCAUCGUCAACCCUCUGCUCUACAGGCAUUUCGGUCCCAUGCUUGGCCGAAAGGAGGAGCAGAGCGGCGGCACAGACCCCUUUGGUCCUCAGCCUCCUGCCAGGCGCCUUAGGAUGGGCUACAUGAGCAUCAAGGCGAUGCAGGACAUGCGCCUGAGCAUAGCGGACAUGAGUGGCGGCCGGGUUAGGCACAAGCGCUUCGCCUGCGCCGGCGCCACCUGGCGCAGGAUGCUUGUCUCGCAGCCGCCGCCGCGGAGCGUGGGAUACAUAGAGUAUGCAGAGAAUGGGCAGUCUCAGCGGUACGGGGAUGCGCCGUUGGAUGUCGUGACGAUCCUGGACGGCCUUCGGAUGGGAAUGCUAUGGGAUACGAUCUACCGCACGCUCUGGAGCCCUUACGGGAAGAACGUGGAACGGCGGCUGGCGUUUGUGUCGUGGCGUAUUCGCUGGGACACGGACAGCGGAGAAGAGGAGACGGAUUCGUGGACAUCAGGGGCGCUGCCGGCACGGCUUAGAUCGCGGGAUGUUGAGAUUGAGAUGAUAGUCGGGCAUGGAGAGGCGAUUGUGGACGAGCAGCAAUGUCACAUGUAUCACAACCACUCGAUCAAGGAUGGGAAGUACAAGUGCCGGGACGAGUAUCAUCGAUUCGUUCAUGAGAGGACGCGGGGGAGCACAUCCUGGGUGUUUCGGAGCGAGGAUUAUAAUGAGGAGCGAACACUAGCAAAGAUAGAUGUGGAUUGUAAACGGGAGAGAUACUGA